AGGUAUGGUUGCGUCUAUCAGGAUCGGCGUGCUGAGGCAUAUGUUAUACCGUCUGAUAUUUUGGGCGGCUAUAUUGUUAUGCCUCUCACAACUGUUGAUAACGUUGUGGAGAUCGGACCGGCCGAUGGCAAUGAAGUCCGGCAACAUCAACACRAGGAUGAUCCUGCAGAAUAUGAUUGAUUUUCAUACCGCACGGACGACCACACCGCCGUACGAGAGCCUGUUGACCGUCGAACCGUGGGUUGACAARCUGUCCGUGCAAUCGGAACAGCUGAUCAUGGACCAAGUACAAAAACGGUUGCCCAAUCUGCCGGUGACGUAUUGGAACCAGAACAAGAACAAAGCGAUGUACUACAAAAAUGAGAGUUGCGCCAAAUUCCCGAGUAUUUACGAAUUGGAAUUCAACAACGUGUACUGGCAGUCGCUGCAGACAUCCAACGGGUCGUUUCACCUCUACAGCGCUUACUACGACGUACGAAAGUUGAGCAGGAUCGGSCCGGCUGUCCGGAUACUUGGCAUGAUCAACCGGAUAGAGCCGACGGUCAAGACUCACUGUCAGUUUUGGUUCGACGACCACAGGCAGCCGGUGAUCGUGAGAAUCAUGGAAUACAAAUACAUAUGGUACAAAAAGUGGGGCAACUACAAGCAGGGCAUAUUCCAACCGUAUCUGAUCGCCUGCCAGAUACCCAAGUCCCACCACCACGCCGUGCCCGCGUCUGUGUCGUUGGUGGAGAACGUGUGCGACAAGGCCACCAACAAUCUGCGCGUGGUGUACAACCGGCCGGCUGAGAAGAAAGGCUUCGCGGUGUGCGUCAAGGGCCUGGACUUCCUGUACGAAGACCUGUCAGUGCGGUUGGUCGAGUGGAUAGAGCUGCUGCACAUCCUGGGCGCGGACAAGAUCUUUUUUUAUCAGCUGCAAGUGCACCCGAACAUCAGUAAGGUCCUCGACCACUACGAGUCCGUGGGCCGUGUGCACGUGACGCCGUUGACGUUGCCCGGCGGCCAGCCUAACGUGCCGGGUUUCCAGCACUUGUACCUGACCAAAAAGGUGAACCACAAGCGGCAGAACGAGCUGAUACCGUACAACGAUUGCCUGUAUCGGAACCUCUACUCGUACGACUACAUAGCGCUGUUGGACAUCGACGAGGUGAUAAUGCCGAUACGRACCAGGACGUGGAAGGAGCUGAUGGAUACCGUGAUGGWGAAGGCGCUGGCUAUCAGGAACGAGACCCGCGCCUCGUACAACGUCCGGAACGUUUAUUUCCUGGACGAUCUGAUUCACACUCACGGUUGGUUCAAGACCAUGCCCAAGUACAUGCACAUGUUACAGCACGUGUACAGGAGCAAGAACUACACGAAACCGAACCAGUAUGUGAAAUGUUUUCACAACCCCGAGAGAGCGUUGACGCUGCAUAAUCAUUUCCCACUGGCGUGCCUGAGCCAGGGCUGCACAUCGUACGCCAUGGACACGGCGGACGCACAUCUGCAACAUUAUCGGGCCGACUGCGUWAAGACUCUGAAGAAAACUUGCACCGAGUUCAGACAGAACAGCGUGAUCGACACGACCAUCUGGAGGUACAAAAGGGAUCUCAUAUCAAAAGUGUCGAACACGUUGUCGUCACUGGGCUUUUUCCCAGCCAUAUGACGAAAAACAAAACAUAAUAUAAUAUCGUAAUCAAUCGUUUGUCCACAAAAACAGGGUACCUAAGCGGAAAAAGUGAUGUUGUUGCGCAUACGCGAAAUACAAAAGUUAAAAAAUUGUAAUUAAUAUAAGAAUUUAUAAGCCAUUAUAGUUUAGUUUCAUGUGCCGCAAACCGAUUUCAAAUAGWUAUGUGUAGAGUACCUACCUGUACUGGGUAAUUUUUUAAGCAAAUGAUUCAUACAGUACACGCUGUUUGUGUGAGCACACGGUAUAAUAUAUGAACGACGACAAUUAGACUAUUUUCAUAUUAUUACGACGUAUAUAUUCGUAUUUGAAAACYGUACUUGCACGUGCGAUGACUACGUUUUAUGAGAUAUGUAAAUAGCUUAUUACACGCGCGUCACACCUAUAGAAAUAUAAAUUAUUAUUAUUGAAAUAGGACGUACCUAUUCAUACAUAUUCAUACCUACAUAACGUGAAUACUCAAUCACCGAAAAAAUAAAUUUACAUACCUAUGCGUUGCAAAAGACUGGACCCAUACAGCGAGUGCGAUCUCGCGAAAUUCCGAAUUUUAUACGACUUAUGAAAUUAUAUUUUUUAAGUUGUUCGAAUGGGACAACUUUAUACAAUUAUAUUAUUAACACGUUUUAUUUUCUUAUAAUGAUCCAAUGUUGAUUCGAUUGGUUAUUUACAAAUAUUAGAAUUUAUACGUUUCAAAUGCCAAAGGACCGACGAUCAAGAUUUGAKGUUUAAAAACACUAAUUAUUUCUUACUUUUCUUAAGAUUUAUUUUCCUUCGAAUCGUAUAAUAGAUAUUUCACUAUUUUUGAUAUCCUAUAUACUGUUCAUGUAUUUAUAAAGUAUUUUUAUGUAUAUGCCAACUAUUAGCAGGUACUAUUUUGGUAGUAGGUACUCUAUUGUACACAGGCUUAGUACCAUUAWACACAAGACAUUUUAUUGAUGUUUGACAUAUAUUUUAUUAUUGAUUUGCCAGAUGUAUUAUUUUUACUUAAAAAUAGUACCUAC